CUCCUGGCGGAUGAAUCCAUUGUUCAACCUGGGCGACAAACUGUGAAAACACCGAAAAUCACAGCAGCUUUUCCACAAUGUUGCUCCAUCAAAGGAUGAAACUUUGGUUCAGGUUUUGACGAAUGUAAUGGAAAGCGAAAGACAAAGUACAGAGAGAGAGACGCCGCCUCAGCACUGGAGAAGUUGCAAGUUGAUAAUUGACCCUGCAUUGACAAAAGGACUGUACAAAGUGUACCGUUAUGAUGGACAACAGUUUAACAUACCCGUGGAGGACUUAGGUCUGUUUCCUGUGGAGGCAGUCAGAGAUCCCCGCAUCUGCCGCCUGUGGAGCAAAUGCAACAAGACUGACCUUUUGAUAUCUAAAUUUAAGGUUGAUGAAUGGUAUGUGGGCCCUGUUCCUCCCAAAGAAGUGACCUUUUCCAGGUUGAAUGACAAUGUGAGGGAGGCCUUCUUGACUCACAUGUGCAGUAAAUAUGGCAACCUUGAAGAAGUGGAAAUAUUUUACAACCCCAAGAACAAGAAGCAUUUAGGGAUUGCGAAGGCCGUCUUCGACACAGUGAGGGCUGCAAAAGACGCUGUUCAGUACCUCCAUCAGACGUCAGUGAUGGGAAAUGUUAUUCAUGUGGAAAUUGAUCCUAAAGGUGAAAACAGAGCACGAUAUCUCCAGCUUCUCUUGCGUGGCCUUUAUACUCCUUGGACGCUGCCAGUGGGCGGCAGUGAGCGAGCUAUUCAAAGCUCAGUCGACACUUUGCUGCGACAGGGGAGUUUUUCGAGCCCCACCAGCAUCGCCACACCCCUCUCUCUGGACACAGCCUAUUCCAGUAUUUGGCAGGAUACACCUUGCAGCUUUGGGCUUACACCACGUUCUCAGGGAACCCCCCGCACUCCUUGCUUGUCUGCGACUCCUCUCUCCCAGGACUCUUGCUACUCAAGUCUUCAGGCAACUCCAGUCCUCCAGGGGGAGCCCUCCACCUACAGUGUUCACAAGCCUUUAAGACAAGAGCUCUGUCAUCGUAGGCCUGCGAGGUAUCACAGAGGAUCCAGUGAAGUCUCAGAUGUCACUUUAAUUUUGAAGCAUUGCCAACCACAGCCACCACACCCCCUCCCUGCCCAAAUACAAAGUGGCAGCCCGCGGUUUGCACUGUGGGGUCGCAGCGCACAAUCCUCAUCUCCCAGUAAUACAGAACCUUCCUAUAACCUUGCCUCCCCCUGUCAGGAGUCUAGAGACAUGGUCACUGAUACCUCUAAGACUUUACAAAGGAACUGCAACUCUUUCAGCAUCCUGAGCAUUAAUUUCACAGCUGACCGGCAGGCUGCAGCAUCCCCCCCUCCUGAUGAUCAUCCAUGCAUAACAGAGUUAUCUCCAUCUGCUGGUAACUGUUCCUCUAGCAGCCCUCAGCCAGAGGUAGAGAGUUUGGAUUCCCGCAUAGAGAAUUUGCUGACAAACAGCCAGAUUACUGACCCCUCAUACUUUGACAGAAAGACUUUGGCGGCUGAUGAGCACUCUCAGGACAGCCCAACUUCGCCUUGCUCCACUCAUACUUCCACUUUCUCAAAUGACUCGCUUGUUUGCACAAAGACUUAUGACUUCACCACCAGCCGCCAGUGCUCCUACAGUGAUCUGGUGACUAUCAAUUCAGCAUCACUGGUUGAAACUGAAGAGGAUGAAACUACUCAGGCUGUUUUGUUUCUGACAAGAAAUGCCCAGUCUCCAUCUGACUUCACACAGUUUGAAAACAGAGCUCAUGUACACAACGAAAAAGAGGCAGAAAGUGUCCGGUCAUUCUCAUGUCUAAAGGAGUAUCAUACAGCAAAUGAAGAUAAGGAGCACUCAAAUAACAGACUGCCUAGAGCUCUGACACCCGCAAAACAGAUUGCCCCCCUUCUCCUGUCUCCAUCCUUUUCUUCUCUCAACAGCACCACUCAACUCCCUACCCCCAAAACUCCUCCUGCUAUUAAAUCUGGGUGCUCCCACCCACCAGUCACCCCUUUCCCUUUCCCCCCUCCUCCCUUUCCCCCAGCUCUUCCACCUGUUCCUCCUCGCCUGCCAAAUGGCACCAUCCCCAUCCCACCUCCAGGCUGGAUCCCACCUUCAGGCCACCAUACCAGCAUCCCCAUUCCUCCUCCCCCUAUUCUACGUCCUCCUUCGAUUCCUCCCCCACCAACUUUUCUUGGACCCCCUCCACCAUUGGUGCCACCUUCUGUUCCACCCCUUGUGCACACAUACCCCUUGCCCAUGCAGCCGCCAGGUCCUUUGGAUAAAGGGAAUCCUCCAAGGCAUGGCCUUGCACCUUUACCAUUCCCUCGACCACCCUGGCCCACCCCACCUUUUCCCAGGUUUAACCCCUUUGUACCACCACCAGACUACCCGCUUGUGCGGGAAAACCCUCAUAAGGUCACAGUAGAAAAAGUUCUAGAAGUCAUCAUGGAAGAACUGAAGUCAAUCAUUAAGAAGGACAUUAUGCGUAGAAUGAUCGAAGGGGUCGCUUUCAAGGCGUUUGAGGACUGGUGGGACAGUCAAGAGAAGAAAACAAAGAUACAAGUUUCUCCUUUGAAAAGUGGAGCCGCAAGUGUUGAAGAGAGGAACAAACUAAUAAAUCCCCUCAUGCAUGUCAGUAGCAAGGGCAGGAAACCUCCACUGCCAUCCUUCAAGGUAAAAAAGAAAAGAGCUGAUGAUGCUGCUACAUCAGAAGAGACAGAAAAUAUGUCGUGUUCUACUCAUGAAAGCUCUGAUGUGAAACAGAAGGAUGACACAGUGAGACUUGAAAGAGCCAAACGCAGACAUGCAAGACCACAUGAGCUUGACAGUGAUGAUGAUGAAGGGAAAGAAGAAGAUAACACACUUCAAGAUGAAGAAACAACUUCAGACAAAGUGGAGACUAUUGUACCAGCUGAUGAUGAUAUUCAAAUUCUGUGUGACAGAGAUGAUCAUGAUGAUGGUGAUGACAGUGAUCAUCCUGAGGAAGAAAAGGAGUUGGCAAAAGAACACACAGAUGAUGAAGAUGCUGACAUCGUCCAAAGUAGUGAUGGAGUGCAGUGCUUAGAUAGCGAGACUUUUUCAGAGAGCAGCUCCUCAGAGGAAGGUGAGUACUCAUCAGACUUCAACACCUCAGACUCGAUUUCCUCAGAGAGCUUUGAGGACUCGUCCUACUCUGACUUCAGUCCUGAAGAUGAAGACAUGGAGGAAGACGGUGACGGGAGUGGUGAGUGUAUAAUCGUAUCAUCAGAUGAGGAGUCGAUGGAGCUGGAGCCCCCUGUCACCCCCUCAGCCCCGCUAACCCCUGGUGCUCAGCUGGAGCUGGGCUUGCAGGACUGGGCAGAUCCAUUUCAUAGGGAGGGAACUGCUGAGAACCAGUACGCAUCCUGUCGACAAGAUGCCUGUUGUGACUUGGAUAUUAUGAUGGAGCUCCAAACCAGCGAACCCCAGGACCAUCUACGACCCCCGUCACCCAUAGGACUUCCAGGUGCAGUGGAGCCACACCUUGAUGUAGAGAUGGAGAGCCCUGAAUGGACAGAAGAGUCACCAGGGAACGUAGAAAACCUGAGGCCCCUCACUCCUACUGGCUGCUUGCUGGACAGCGACCGUGACCUUCUGAUAAGAAGCAAGCCCACAUCCCCAGCUGUGGAGGAGGUGGAAAGACCACAGACACCAGGCAAGGGGAUAGUGGCUGAACUGGAAAGUGUGGACUCUGCAGAUGAAGUCCUCUCCCUCUCUCCAACAGGCACUGAGCUCGUCCUAGCUCCUUCUGAUCCCCUGACCUCGUACCCAUCAUACCAGGAUAUGCCCAAAACUCCUGGUAGAGAGGAUAGAUGUGGAUGGACCUCCUACAUCUCUGGGAGAGCUCCAGCAACACCAGGCAGAGAGACGACCAUGUCAGAGGGUAGCACAAUGAUGUGCCAGACUGUCAGCAGCCCACCUCCUGUGCCAUCCCUGUCUAGCAAUCCAUAUAUCACAGCCCCAAAGACUCCUGGGAGAGACAUCAUCCUACCCCAUAGAGCCAUAGUCCACAGGAGAAAAACACAAAUGGUGACGACCUUACAUCCCCUUUUAAAUGAUUCUCUAGAAGGCUCCCCCAUCUCAGUGUCCUCUGUAUGCAGCCUCUCAGAGUAUUCAUCUGACUCUGAUCAUGGGAAGGGCAUGAUCAGUUCAGGUGGGAGAUUGAGGCCCUUGCAGGGGCUGGAGAAUGUACCUGGCCUUCUGGAUGAUGAGAACAGGACAGAGACAGAGACGUCCUUAUUAAGGAGACUAAAUUGGAGGAGGUUAAAGAGGAGGAGGAACCAUCAUCAACGGAGAUCACUGAAAAGAAUCACUCACUCCGCUCACAGGCAUCCUUACAGGUGGCGUACACCCUGUGAGGAGAAGAGGAUACUUAAUAGUGUUUGGAAGAAGGGCCUAGAUGAAGAAGAUAUGAGGCUGCUGCGGUGUACAUAUGAAAGGCUGCAAGCACGGGAUAAUGGCUUUGGUUGGAUCAGUGACACCCUGUGGAUACCUCACCCUCUGACCAAAGUCCUUACAGAGGGGAGUGAGGAGCUCAGAUCCUGGUUGCCAAAGCACAGGACCGGCUCUGCUCGCAGUGAAGGAUUCUACAAAAUCAGCAGAAAAGAUAAAAUGAAAUACCUCAACAACACAAAGCUGACUGCUGAGCUUCCAUCUACAAGUACUCAGCAGGGAAUGUGCAUCCCAGCCCAACAACCAACCUCACUGCGUGCCGGAUCUGACUUCAGGUCUGAGCAGCGUCGGCUGCUGUCCUCUUUCAGCUGUGAUAGCGACCUGGUCAAGUUCAACCAGCUGAAGUUCCGAAAGAAGAGGAUUUGUUUUAGCCGGAGUCAUAUUCAUGAGUGGGGCCUGUUUGCGAUGGAGCCAAUCGCAGCAGACGAGAUGGUGAUUGAGUAUGUGGGCCAAAUCAUCAGACAGGUCAUUGCUGACAUGAGGGAGCAGAGAUACGAGGAGGAGGGCAUUGGGAGCAGCUAUUUAUUCCGGGUUGAUCAGGACACCAUCAUUGAUGCUACAAAAUGUGGGAACUUAGCCAGAUUUAUUAACCACAGCUGCAAUCCUAACUGUUAUGCAAAGAUCAUCACUGUGGAGUCUCAGAAGAAGAUAGUGAUAUACUCCCGGCAGCCCAUAAGCAUCAAUGAAGAGAUCACAUACGACUACAAGUUUCCGAUUGAGGAGACCAAGAUUCCUUGUUUGUGUGGAGCAGAUAGCUGCCGGGGCUCCUUGAACUAGUCUCUUAUGAAUUGUCCUGAUUAUGUCAAGAGCCAAAGUUGCCUGAGGUACUGUACAAUAUAAACACAGACCCUGAAGAUGUUUCAAAAAAGCCAUUUUAAUACUAUUAAAAACUGUAUAGUCAAUAACAGGAAGCUAUACAGCAGCUUAUAAAAAUGCAGAGGAGUGGUGGUGCUGCUCAGUGAAUAAUGAUUUAAUAAACUGUCCCAAACAGCACUUAGGACAAGAACAGAACAGAGCACUUCUUGGAACUUUAUCAGUGGAGGUCUGGCAUGAAAUGCUAAUGCGCCACCUAAUAAUGACUGUUAAAACAAACAUUUGGUUGUACAUUACAGUUUAUGAAGACAUGGCAACCACUGUUUCACACAUUGCAAUUGUCAAUUCACAACACAGGCACUCCAGACGUCGUGCAAAGGGGCACUGUUACAAUAAAGUGUCUGCUGACCUUAUUGUCCAAAUGAUAACAAACAUGUAUAGUUAAAUGUUUUCAUUUAUGAGAGCUGAAAUGGGGUUUUGCUUGAGUCAAGCUUGUAUGAAUGAUUAUGGUUUUCUUAAGAAGAUAUACGAGAAAGUGUUGCAUAAUAUUAUUAAGUUGUGAUGUAUUCCUGAUAACUGAUACUAAUUCAUGAGAUGAUCUUUCACCAACAUCAGGACAGAUUAUUAUGACAUACUUUUUUGACAUGUAAGUUAAAUGUUAUUGUGAUAAAACAUGCAAGUCACACAAAAAUUAAAGAAUAACUUUGCUAAACAUGUUUUGUGUGUUCUUAUUGUAUUAGAGCAUCGAUGUAGAACAUUAUUACAUUGUAAUACUCUGAAACAGUAAGCAGGACCCUUUACAGACAGUGUAGUAGCAUAGUAAAGUUUAGUUA